AUGAAAGCGGCUAGCAGUGCUGCCAAACAACAAACUCCAGCAGCUGCCAAGUGUCACCGGCCGAAGGCGUCACUCGAUUGGGACACGCCAAGUACCGGAACGGGAACAAUUCGUCGGCAAUUUUUUGCAACAACGGUGGACAAAAUUCCGACCAAUGCAGAGCGGCAACAAAGCGACCAUGCCAGGGGUCAGGAGCCAUCAGCUGGCUGCGUUACUCCUGGUCCAGCGGACAAGCAGACAGGUUUUCCUAAUCGAGGAAACGUAAGUGCCGUUGCCACGGGAAGACAGUCGAAAAUUGCCGUCCUGCGGCAGCAACAGCAACAGCAAAAGACUGCUGGAGGUGACAAAAAAUCACCCAAAAGUCCACCCGGGUCGAAAAUUUCCGUCUUUCAGAAAACAACCAAUCUGCUCAGUAAAACAACGACGACAGUCACGGGCGACAAUAAACAGGGGAAUCAACAAAAACUAAAAAACAACAUAAUCCCCCAGAAAAAGCUAGUCAAACAGCAAUCAGACGUGGCCGUAACGGAAAAGUCGAGCGGCGAAUCAGGGGAAGGCGUUCUCGCCGGCAGGGAGAAGAAGAAAGUCUCCUUCAUCCCCAGUCUGGCAACCGCGGAGGGUGCGGGUGGAAUCAAAUCGAGCACGGUGAAGGCGAUUGUUCGUUCCCGGAUUAACAGUGACAGCGGAGCGAAGUUUAAAGAACUUUACCGGGAUUUUCCGGCAACUCAGUACGCGUCAACUGGCUGCCUGUCAGAGAACGAUCAAAGUAAUCCAGGUCCGCCACCAUUGCCGCCAUACCGUGAGCCACCUCCGCCGCCGCCUACUUUGACUAGCGUUAAGGUGGAAGUCCUACAGCAGCAACAACAGGAUUUAAUUUCAAUGGAGCAGCCAGCGGGUAAAAAUGAAGACAUCCAAAGCCAUCCCUCCAAGCCAUCCAAGCUCAAAGCGUUCGGUUUGGGAAAGUUGAUGUCGGGCACAGGGGCAACACAGAAGGGCAACAACUAUGUCACACUGCCACCAUCGCCAAAAAUGAGCAAAAUGUCUUCCAAAGAGAGCGUGUCUGGAGGAACUCCUCCACCUACUCCUGCACCGGAAGACGCAUCUCCGGCCAGAAGCACCCCAGACCUCAAGCAACCUUCGCCCGACGACAUUCUUACGAAGCCGGAAUUUUCUUCCCUGGUUUUGAGAAAUCUACCGGUGCGUCAGAAAAAAGGGGCCGUACCUCAUUUAGAAAAUUAUUGCCUAUUUGAUCCUUCCGUUGACUUUUUCAACGAGAAAGAACACAAAAUGAGACCCAUUCCCGAGACAGUGGAACUGGCCGAUCCCGUCCUGUAUCAGAAUCCCUUGAUUUACGAUGCAGUUGACCGUGAUUCGGAUAAUUAUUUCACCAUCGAGCCCGAAUCAUACGACGUGGAAGCCCGGAAUCGUCUUUCGCUCGAGAAAGUGGAAGAAAAAAUCGAUGAAAUCUUCAAUAAAACCUCGCGCACUUCGUCCUCCUCGAGUGGAUCCAGUCCGGACUACCCGUCGAUGGUGAAUUCCGUCAUCGAGACUCCCUCGUCCAAUUUGGAAUCAACCGAUGAAAGUGAUUACGGCUUCCGGAACCGCCUAAUUGGCCAGCUGCAGCAGGUUGUCCCGAAAUCGAUAUCCGGUGGUGCAAUCAGCGGAACCGAAGAUCAAAGCCAGGAAUCGUCCUACUACGGCGUGGUAACGAAAACAGCUGUCAGUCAGCUUCAACUGCUCCGUCAACAGCUCCACAUGAAAUCGGCCUCUCUUCCCAACUCUCCCCUGCUCAAGCAGAGAAAAUCGGAUGAAUCAUCACCAUCCUCAUCUCCCCCAUCAACUCAAGCACUUCCUACAGCAACUGGCCCGGAACCGGCCCAAGACACUUCCUCCCCUAUCGCUAGCCCACCACCACCUGCCCCAUGUAACUCCCACACAUCACUGCCAUCCUCACCAAAAACGUUCACCAAAAUAAAAUCCCUCGCGGCACCCGGACCAGCGACGCCCAGCACUAGACUUCACUUUCUGCCCCUGUUGUCCCAUCUCGAGGCGCUCAAAUCUAGUGUUUCACUUCCGCAUCUGCAGCGACCAGGCACCGGAGCCAUCAGCAAACAACAGUCAACUGGCAGCACUGCCCCGCCCAUCUUCAAUCGGUUGCGCAAACAGCGGCCCCUUUCCAGCCACAGCGAUGCCGAUAGUGGCUUCCUGAGUCCGGUCACUCCGCCCGAUUCCGGCGGCAUUCAGAGUCAGCUUUUACUGGUUGCCGCAGCCGCAGUCGAGCAGAUUUCCUGCUCCGAAGCGCAGUCCUGUGGCAAUAGAACUGGCAACAACAGUAGCAAUAGCAACAGCACCAGCAGCAGUGAAGUGAUCGUUUUGGAACAGUGCGACAGCAUCCAGGAACUGAUUCAGGUGAGUGACGCAAACGACUGUAGAUUCAAACGAUAA